UCCUGUUUGUGUACACGCAGUGUGCACAGCGUUUCAACAGCGUUGUUAAAAUAUUGAUCGAUAGGGAUAAAUCAUUCCGAAAUGGAUCCAUUUACUGAGAAACUGUUGGAGCGGACCCGAGCCCGCAGAGAAAAUCUGCAGAGGAAAAUGGCAGAGAGACCAAAUGCAGCAAACAGGCAGAUGGUCAAACGGUCCAGAGAGCCGCUGGCUGACACCAAUAGUGUGAUCAGCGCGCCGGUUAUCGAUAAAGUUCCACAGGUGUCGUCCAACCCUUCUCCCUCCAAGCGCAGGUGCUCAGAGGAGAAUCUCUCGCCUGCAGCCGGUGAGGAAAACCAAGAGCCCGUGACGACGCGGGCCGUGACUCCGAUGCUCUCAGAUCCUCCCACCGACAAGAAACCCCCGGUGGGGCCGGCCAGCGUCCGUCCUACCGCCUCCCUGGAGAAGACGGCUACCCGGCCGGCUGUCCAGCCUCAGCGAGGGCAGCUGAAAACCCCCGAGCCAGAGAAAACGACCGUCACCCCAGCUCCUAGCCCUCCAAUCAGCAGAGAAGUAGAGACGGUGCCUGCCAGUUCAGCCCUGCAAAGCAACAAGGAGGACCUGGUGGAAGUCACAGCUCCACCUGCUGCCGGCAUGAAGUCUCGUCUGCAGAGGCUUGCACAGCAGAGAAAGUACUGGGAUGGUGAUGACUCCUCUGAUGCAGUUCCAGACUGCUCUCCCCCGUCCCCGUUGAGGAAACAAGCGGAGGUCGCAGUAGCUGCCGCCCCCGCCGUGUCCUCGGACACUCCGGUUGGGAGGAGAGGCCGCCUCGCCAACCUCGCCGCCACCAUCGGAACCUGGGAAGACGACAUGAGCCAUGCUAACAUUCCCACUGGGGCUGCAAAAGAGAAGCCUGUUCAUAAGUUAGCAGUCAGAAGCGCUGCUGUGGCUGCCUGCACUAAACCAGGUGCUGCAGGCCACGUGGCGGCAAGCAGCCGGUCUGCACCCAGCUCCCAGGUUCAGAAUUUACCAGCAAAGCCGAGACGAAUGCUUCUCCCGAGCCCUGAGGAGGCAGACGUUCCUGCAGCCAGGCCAGCACUUAUGUCAGGAAUCAGUCCUCAGAAGAGUUCCAAUCAAGGGGUGACCUUCCCCUCUAGCCCCCAGAAGAGUGCCCUCCAGAUUAAAGCCGUACCAUCUAGCCCCCACAAGGCUGGUCCCUCCUCUUUAACAUCAGUGCCUCAAAGUCCCCUGAGGAAUCAGGCCCCCUCUCGGGGUCUCACCUCCAGCCCCCAGAAGCCAGGCCUCCGUGCCAAGCCCACCACCGCUGGAGCCUCUGGCCCUCAAGAAAUGGCCACUGCUGCAGCACCUGGUGUAAAAACUUUUCUGGAGCGUUUUGCAGAGAGGUGCCAGGAGCGCACCAACCAGUGCUCCCCAGCUGGGGGCGCUACCCAGUCCAAGACUCCCACUGUAACUCCAUCAUCAGUCACAACAAACACCAGACUGAUGCAGGAGAGACUCAAAGCUGCCCAGACUGCAAACACAACCACUGCUGAUCUCACCCAAAGACAGAAGCUGGAGCGAGAGUCUGAGCUGGCUCAGAUUCGUAGCCGGUUCCAGAAGAACAACAACAACAACAUGUGGAAAAACAAAGAUGAAGCAGCAGAAGUCAAUAAAUAUACAGACAUCAAGGAGCAGCCUGCCACGCCUGUGGAGGCUGAAGUUCCCCGAUGUGCGCCACAGGAUGAACUCACAGCACCUUCUGCUGAGAGGAUGCCGACACCCCCAAAGUGCACUCGGCCAGAUCCUGUGUUGAUGGCGUCGCCGCCCACCUCAACAUCCAGUCCUCUGAGGGUCGUCGUUCCUGCUGUCGAGAAAACAACUGAUGGAACUUCAGAAGAGGAGGAGGAGGAGGUGGUCAAGGAGAUAGAGAUGAAUGUGGACCAGUCCAUCAACUCUGCUGUUAUCAACGAUCUGUUUGAUAGAGCUCUGGGCCAGAGUGAUGAGGAGGAGGAGGAGGAGGAAGAUCCUUUGAAUAUCUCCUCCAUGUCGCUCCUCACUCCACUGGCGGAGACUGUGGCCGCUGUGGUGAAGAGUCCCGAGAGACGCGUGAUGACGUCGACUCCAGCCGGCUCAUUCAAUGUGAAGAGCAACCCUUCAGGCAACGUUUCCAAACCCAGCAAGUUCCAGAGAACCAACGUGACGCGGACCGCCUCCUCAGAGGCCUUGGACGACGACCUCAAACUGCCUUAUAGCAUCGACGCCUACAGGUCCACCAGGGUCAAGGAGGCCGAGAGACCCGUCGUCAAACAGGUGAUUGUGAGAAACGUGGACGUCUCUCGCAGAGCAGAGGAACCAAGAGGAUCCGGUCUCUCCAGCAUCAAGCAGAGGAUGAAGAUUCUGACAACUGACAUGAACCUGCAGCAGACGGUCAUUCACCAGGCCAGCCAGGCGCUGAACUGCUGCACGGACGAGGAGCACGGCCGAGGCUCCCAGGUGGAGGCGGAAGCCGAGAGGCUGCUGCUGAUCGCGACGGAGAAGAGGGAAGCUUUGAAGGCAGAGCUGGACCGUCUGAAAGGGGACCCAAAGGGCCAGAAAAAGGCCUCUGCAGCCCCAGAACUUUCCAGCAUGUCGGCCUCCAAGGGCUCCAUCACCCUGCAGGAGUUGCGCCUGCCUCUCAAGGCCGACUUCGUCUGCUCCGUUGCCAACAAGCCAGAGUCAACCAAACACUCGUUCUUCGUGAUGAUUCGGGCUGGAGCGGAGAACACCGUGGCCACGCCUCUAGCCAGCACGCACCACGGCCUCAGCGGAGACACCUUGGCGUUCCCCACCAAGUUCACCAUAUCUGAUGUAUCCAGUGACUUUGACAUUGACAUUGAGGUCUAUUCCUUGGUGCAGAAGCGUGACGUCUGCAACGACAAGAAGAAGAAGCCCAACAAGUCCAAGGCGAUCACUCCAAAGAGAUUCCUCGCCAUCACUAAAAGUGUCCAAACACCAGUGAUGGCCAGUCCAGGAGGCCCCAACGCUGUUCACACCAGCCGCUUCGUCCUGGUCGGAUCACACAAGCUCACCCUGUCCUCGAUUGGCAUGAACAAGUUUCCUUUGGAGAAGAUCAAGUAUGAAGGAAGUGAAAGAGAACUACUCGGUGACAUGUUUCAUACCAAGGUGCCGUUCUUGUGCCCACUGGAGGGCCACGUCUACCUCAGGAUGCAGUGUGAGGUUGGCUGCAAAGUGGAGGAGAAGGGCUUCCUGACGAUGUUUGACGAUGUCAGUGGAUUUGGAGUCUGGCACAGGAGGUGGUGCGUCUUGUCGGGAUACUGCAUCUCCUACUGGACCUACCCAGACGACGAGAGGCGCAAGAAUCCCAUCGGGCGCCUCAACCUGUCCAGCUGCACCAGUAAGAAGGUGGAGCCAGUCAACAGGGAGUUCUGCGCCCGACCCCACACGUUUGAGCUCAUCACGGUCCGCCCCCAAAGAGACGACGACAGGGAAACCCUCGUGAGCCAGUGCCAGGACACCAUGUGUGUCACCAAAAACUGGCUGAGCGCCGACACGAAGGACGAGAGGAAUCUGUGGAUGACCAAACUGAACCAGAUCGUGGUGGACCUGCGGAUGUGGCAACCGGACUCCUGCUCCCGGCCGCUGUGAUCCCCGAUCUGACUCGGGGUCACGGCCUCUUAUACCCUUUGGACAAUUUCAGUGACGCAUGCAAUUAUAUAAAGUGCAAUACAGUGUGUGUGAAUUGGUAAAUAUUCUAAACAAUCGGACGCAUACGUUACAGAUCAGGUGAGUCGAGAAAGCCAUAGAGACAUUUCAGGACAGUAUUGUGUGCGGGAGGCGGGGCGAGGCACUAUCUUUUUGUAUUUUAUACAUUUCCAGACUGCUUUCAUAUUCUAAUGUCGGGUAUUUGUCGAGUUGCCGCAAUUUGUUUACGUUACUGCCGAUAUUUAGUGUCCUCGACACGACGCAUGGCUUUAAGUUAUUUGGUUUCAAGGCUGGAAUCGAUGUAUAUAAAUGGUUGGAAUCACAGAUGGAAGCUGAGCACAGUUUUAUCUUAUUUUAUCCUGCAUGAAAGCACAAAACCAAACCGAUACCGUCGGUAAAUUUAUACUUUUAAAUAUAUUAGCUUUCGCAACUUGUGGCAGGAUUUACACGCGUUUUUUCUUUUUUCUUCUUCUUCAUUGUCAUGGAGUUCUACCCCAGCUUUCAAUCUGGUUGAAAUUGUUAAAAUGUUUGUCUUUGUGUGGAAAUGAGCGAUUUGGAAAACCACGGUAACGGUCCGUCACAUCACCGCCGCUAGAACACGACACGCUUGGAUUUUAUGGAAAUGCUUAACGAGCAUUUUUUAUAUGUCUAAUUGUGGAUCAACCCCAUAUUUUAGUGGAUAAAUCAAAACCUUUUUACAGUGUGAAGUUCAGAACUCUACCAGAAUCGCCUCAAACGCAUCUUAUGACUAAAUACUUCUCGGCUUAUAGGCUGAUCCCUCUCUGUUUGAGCCUUGUACACUACCACUGGUGUUUUUAAUUAAAGGCUCGUUUACGCAGAAGAUAGUUAGUUCUGGUGUUUUUGUUGCUCUACAUUCUUAAUGGAUGCACACACACACACACCGCACUCUGAACACACACAGCUCAUGUACCCUGUAGAUUUAAGUAAAUGCGGAUAUAUUUAUUUAAAAAGAAGGGAGACCGGCUUGUUUCUUGGUGAUUGCUGAGAUUACAAAGCCCCCCCCCCCAGACUUUGCAGUGACCCGGCCGGUGUUGGUAAAUGUAAUUUCAGGUGAAGAUAAUAAAAAAGAAACUGUUUUUUCAUCCUGUUGUUUAUGAACACGCACCAAAUGAUUUGUUUCUGCUCUGCGUACCUGUUCAUCACGGAGAAUGUGAGGAAGUGAGGAAUACGUGCUCCCAGACUUCACGCUGUGUUUCUACGAGACUUCAAUAAAUGUCUGCUCUGAACAAAAUGGACCAGGUUACUGAUGCCGAAGUUCCUUUUGUCAUUUUAUUGAAAUGUAACAUUAAAUUGAGUCUAAAAAUGUG